UCGCGAAGUCUCCCAAACCUACUCCUCCGCCAAAGAAGUCAACGCAUUAUACGUUUGGUUCACUCAACACAAGUGGUUAACAUGUCUUCAACGAAGUGGUAUAUGAAUCAAACGCUGGAUGAAAGCGAUCCCCAGCUCUUCCAACUGAUCCGGGAUGAGAAGAGGCGCCAGAAGCGCGGUCUUGAAAUGAUUGCCUCCGAGAACUUUACCAGUCUUUCGGUGCUCCAGAGUCUCAGCUCUUGUCUCCAUAAUAAGUACUCCGAAGGAUAUCCCGGACAGAGGUAUGUCUUCGUGCGGUCUUUACAGUCAAAUGUAUCUUAA